AUGACUCCUGCAAAGAAAGAUGGUGAAAAGAGGAAAGAACGAUCAACUAUCAAUGAGGUGUUUAUUCGGGAAUAUACUAUAAACAUUCACAAACGGAUCCAUGGCGUGGGCUUCAAGAACUGGGCUCCUCGUGCGCUCAAGGAGAUUCAAAAAUUUGCAAUGAAGGAGAUGGAGAUUCCUGAUGUAGGCAUUGACACCCACUUGAACAAGGCUGUCUGGGCAAAAGAAGUAAGGAAUGUUCCUUACCAUAUCCAUGUGAGUUUAUCCAGAAAACGCAAGGAAGAUGAGGAUCCGCCUAAUAAACUGUAUACACUGGUCACAUAUGUGCCAGUUACCUCUUUCAAAAGCCUAUAGACUGUUAAUGUGGAUGAAAACUAAUCUUUCAUUACAAUAAAAAUGUUAUGACAUUA